GCGAGGAGGCGAGGACGGAGGUGGAGGAGAGGAAGGAGGAGGUGGAGGAGAGGAUGCUUCCUUCUCGGCGGCUGUUUGUCAUCCUGACGGGCUUCUUCUUCUCCGUGGCCACCGUUAGGGCUGACUCUGUGCUGUCGCCUCCUGUCAAUGUGAGCGUGAAGGAGAUCGAGGUGAACUCUGCGGUGGUCACAUGGGACACCCUGGAGGGAGACCCCGUCAUCGGCUUCGCCAUCACCCAACAGAAGAAGGAGGUGCGUACGCGGAGGUUGAUCCAGGAAGUCAACACCACCACUCGCUCCUGUGCUCUGUGGGGUCUGGACCAGGACACCCAGUACAUGGUCCAGGUGCAGAGCCUCAGCAUGGGGGGCAGCAGUCCGCCUAGUGACCCGGUCCUCUUCAGAACCCUCAAAGAGUCCGAGAAGCUGGCGUCCAAGAAUCCAGACGAGGUCACGAUGGAGGAAGUGGGCCAGGCGGCGCAGCUGCGAGCCGGCGAGGCCAUCAUCAUCGCCGUGGUCCUGGUCAUGUGGGCAGGCGUGAUCGCGCUCUUCUGCCGCCAGUAUGACAUCAUCAAGGACAACGAGCCCAACAACAACAAAGACAAAGCCAAGAACUCCUCGGAGUGCAGUACUCCCGAGCACCCGCAGGGGGGGCUCCUCCGCAGCAACCUGUAGGACAGACCCUGAGAGACAAUUUUGCAGCCACAAAUGUUGGGGAAUAAAAAGGCAAUGAUAACAAUGAAGAACUUUUAAAAAUAAGCAUACUGAUGUUGGAGGAAUAAAAAGUUGCCAUUUUCCUCCCACCAGCCAGAUGGCGCUCUCAUACCACACGGCACAUUCCCAGGAAAGCUUUUUUUUUUAAACGAGUUCAAUUUGAGGUCCACACUGGAUCGGCGCACAGAUAACACCUACAGUGUAUGCACGGGAACGAUGCACGAUUAUGGACAGGGUUCCACUUCGGUUUCUUUCCGGAUGGGGUAAAAAAAAUUUAAAAAAAAGACUCAAAUCGACGCAAAGAUGCACAAAAAAUGUCCAAGAGUGUCUUUUUUUUUAAAACAUUGCAGCACUGCUGAUGUCAUGAUUUUUUUUUUUAAUAUAUAAAAACAAAUACUAUGCUAUCUUUAUUUAUGUAUGACUACUCUGUGAAACCAAAUGUACUUUAAGACAUGAAGAAAAGUCCACUCUAUACCAAAAAAUAUUCCGAAAAAAAGACUUGUGUCAUACCUGUGCAAGUCCCAUUUAUUAACAUCAUGCAGGUGGAAAACCAACGUUGUCAUUGUGCUGUUAUCUUCAGUUGGCCACUUGAUUAGGUACACCUGCAUGAGCUCCAAUGCUACAUAUAUUUGCCCUCCAACAUAAACAUGACUUGCUUCAACCACACAUGCAGGAUGAUCUUGUGGUGCUCCCUCACUUCCUCUCUUUCCCGCCAUCUCCUUCCACCUUUGUCCUGGCAUUUAUCUCCACUCCCCCGUCUCUCGUUAUAGACGCCCUCAGAGCGCCAUUAGCCGCCUUUCUCUGGCCUUCACAUCAGCGCUUUUCUGCCUCAUUUGGAUUUGUUCUGGCCUCACAAUGUUCUUCACUGUCACAAUGAUGCAGUGUUUGUGUUAGGGAUGCACGAUGUCAUCAACAAGCGAUAAUUACGACGUCACAUCCAACAUUCCCAUAAUGAAAAAACAACCGAUAAAAAUGAAGUAUUUUUGUCUCCAUGUAUGUCGUCGUCUCUAUUGUGGCUUGUAGGGGUGCACAAAAAAGUCGAUUCACAUCCGAACCGCGAUUCUUAUUCAUCCUGAUUCUAAAUCAAUUCACAAUUUUUAAAAAUCCAUUUAAAAAUAACUAAAUUAAAUGUUUUAUUUCAAUCGCGAUUCUACUUCAUCCCGAUUCUUCAUCGAUUCAUAGUUAUCAAAAUUGUUAUUUAUUUUUUUCAAAUAAAAAUACAUUUUUAUAAGAACAUUUAUAGGCCAUCUCUCUGCCACCAGAAUUCUUUUUUUAUUGCAUUAGUUUUAUUAUUAAGAAUUAAUUUAAAAAAACAAGAAUUAAAACAUUUAUUUUUUUAAAUACGUUUUUAGGGCAUCUCCUUGCAACUAGAAUUAAAUAAUUUCUUUUUUAAUAGCAAUCCAUUUUUACUAUUACGUAUUUAGGCCAUCUCCAUGCAACCAGAAUUAUUUUUUUAAUUUUUUUUUUAAAGUAAAAAUCCAUUUUUAAAAAUAUGUUUUUAGGCCAUCACCAAGCAACCAGAAUUUAUUUGUUAAUUUUUUUUUAGUAAGAAUCCAUUUUUUAAAAUAUGUUUUUAGGC